AUGUCUAUUGACGAUGCGUUUCUGAAACCAUCCAGUUCUCAACUGUUUGGCCCUGAGCCACCAGUUCGUCUUUCACGAGCACCACCGCCACAUCCGUCCAAAUUCUGCUGCAACACACUAAGCUCGUCAUGCGCGGCGUACAUGAUUUGCUGUGCAGCGCAGUGCGAAAUAAUUCUAAGUCUUUUUGCGAUGACAAUCAGUACAAAAAAUGACGAGCAAGUAUGGUGGCAUAAUGCGCAAUGGAUUGUUAUUCUCACGUGCCGCCUUCUUCAGUUUCCCUCGUGCCUCAUUGCUUUCGUCGGCAUUCGAAGAAAGAAUCCAGCACUUAUUGUUCCGUUCAUCAUGUCGCAGGUUUCCCUCGGCAGUUAUGCAGAUCUGCAUACCUACAUCCAACUAAUUUCUCAUUGCGCAUCUUCAUCGUCUCUUCUUAAAUACUCCGCUUCAUCUCCCAUUCUCUUGAUUGUUCUGCCAAUUGUCUUCUACGCAAUUGUUUUAAUUCUUUUCAUUUAUUUUAUGUACCGGAUUGUGCGAAGCAUCACGAUUCAAGGUGUCGCCUACGAUAUUCGUAGUGCGCCAAUCGAAAUUUCAGUAACCAAUGAUUUCAGUUUGUAA